UUAUUAUUAUUAUUAUUAUUUUACGUGCAUAAACUUUAAUUGUUAAUAUCUCGUUUUACUAAAAUAAAAGCUAUACGAUUACAGAGCCAAAAUGUUUUGGGGCUUAAUAUUGGAACCAAAUAAACGAUAUACACAAACCGUUGAAAAAUCAUUCCACGUGUCAAUGGCGAGUUUAAAUCUUCAAACAUCUGAUGAUAAUGUGGUACAAGUAAUGUUGUACUAUGAAGAUAGUAGCUAUUUAUUAUGCAAUUUAAAAAAGAGCUCAACAUGGCAAGUACCACUUGAUUUAAACUUUCAAGAAGGAACUACAAUAGCAUUUAUAUGUCAUGGUCAUGGUCAGGUACAUUUAACUGGCUAUUUAAUACCAGAAGAUUUAGAUUUGGAUGAGCUGGAAGAAGAAGAAGAUGAUGAAGAAUCACCACAAUUAGUUGAUAAACAAUCAAAAAGGAAAGCUAUAGAUUCUUUAAAAAAUGAAAAAAAUGUCAAGCGUCCUAAACAGGAAAUUGAACCAGAAUCUUCUGAUGAGGAUAUAGAACUAGAUGGUAUGAAUGAAGACAAUGAUUCGGAUGAUUCUGAGGAAGAAGAAGAAUCCUUAUUAAAUGAAGAUUCUGAAGAAGGUGUGGAAGGCGAGGAAGAUGAUGAAGAGGAUGAAGAAGAAGAAAAGAAAAUAAAGCUUCAACAAAAAGAUAAAAAGAAUAAACAACAGAAAAAAAAAGAAGAUAAGAAAAAAUUAGUAAAUGGGAAAGAAGUGAAACAAAAAAAAAGUAAAGGAGAACACCAGCAAAAUGAAGUAAAUAUUCAAAAUGACCAGAAAAAAAGAAUAGUCGAAGGUGGAGUGCAAAUAGAGGAAAUAAAAGUAGGUAAUGGUCCAUUUGCAAAGAGUGGAAAAUUUGUAUCGGUGUAUUAUGUGGGUCGUUUGAAAAAUGGGAAAAAAUUUGAUUCAACAACACAAGGAGAUGGUUUCAAGUUUAGACUUGGAAGAGAAGAAGUAAUAAAAGGAUGGGAUAUUGGUAUUGUAGGAAUGAAAGUUGGAGGAAAACGACGUAUUAUAAUACCUCCAGCUAUGGCGUAUGGAGCAAAAGGUUCACCACCUGUUAUUCCUGGCAACAGUACAUUGGUGUUUGAAGUAGAACUUAGGAAUGUACAUUAAAUUUCAUGAAUAUUUGAUUGAUAUCUAAGUAUU